AUGUCUGCGCCAGCUUUCCCCGCCUCUCUGCAAAAGAGCCUCCACGCGACCAAGGUUGAAUACAUCAACAUGGGCACUUCUGGACUUCGAGUCUCAGUCCCAAUCCUCGGCGGAAUGUCUCUCGGCUCUUCAGAAUGGGGUUCCUGGGUGCUUGACGAGGAGCCGUCCCUCGAGAUCUUGAAGGCCGCCUAUGAUCGCGGCAUCACCACCUGGGACACGGCCAACAUGUACUCGAACGGAGUCAGCGAACAGGUCAUCGGCAAGGCGAUCAAGAAGUUCAACAUCCCCCGCGAGAAGAUCGUGCUCAUGACCAAGUGCGCGUUGCAUGUUGGCGAGGAGGUCGGCAUGCACACGCCCCCUUUUACCCAGCAACUCAACCAAAGCAAGGACUAUGUUAACCAAGGAGGUCUUUCACGCAUCGCCAUUUUCAAGGCUGUCAACGACGCCCUUGCCCGCUUGGACACGACUUACAUCGACCUUUUCCAGAUCCACCGCGUCGAUCCCGCCACACCCAUCGAAGAAACCAUGAAAGCUCUCCACGACCUCGUCCAAGCCGGGAAGAUCCUUUAUAUCGGCGCCAGCUCCAUGUGGGCGACCCAAUUUGCGCGCAUGCAAUUCGUUGCGGAGAAGAACAACUGGACCAAGUUCGUGUCCAUGCAGAACUACUACAACCUCUGCUACCGUGAGGAAGAGCGCGAGAUGAACCGAUUCUGCAACGACACGGGCGUCGGCAUCAUGCCGUGGUCGCCGCUGUUCGGCGGCAGGCUGGCGAGGCCGCUGGGCUACGACAAAUCUAUCCGGUCGCAGAUGAAGGGCCCCAUGAGCCCCGCGUUUACGGAGGCCGAUGAGGAGAUCAUUCGCAGGGUUGAGGAGGUCGCGGGGAAGAAGGGGUGGAGCAUGAGCCAUGUUGCACUUGCCUGGGUCAGGUCCAAGGGUGCGAUUCCCGUGACGGGAUUCAACUCUGUCAAGAGAAUCGAUGAGGCUUGUGAGCUGAGGGGGAAGACUCUGACGGAAGAUGAGAUUAAGUAUCUUGAAGAGCCAUAUGUCCCUAGGAACGUCAUGGGACACUUCUAA